CCGGAGCCAAAGGUUUACAACACCUAAGAGCCCACACUCCCCUUGCAAGCCCGAUACCCUAGCCCAAGAUGUCACUCCUCAUGCUUCCUACUGAAAGGCAUUAUCCAGCAAAGGCUGCGUAUAGGGGAGGGAGCAUUAUGAGUACAAUAAUAGCGAAGUUCACGACAUUUGACUUGUUGGAACGAGCGAAACAGUCACCAUUCAAGCAAUUCUUCUUAGCUCCGCCUCUACAAUAUUCUGGAGUUAUUAUUCACCAGUUACUGCUUAGGAGAGUUGUUGGUAGAGGAAAGAACGAAUACUGCUUGAAUUUUAAUAUUUGUGGUCAGAAUACAAGGUUUGGAAUUAGUGAAUUUGGUUUGAUCACUGGAUUGAAUUGUGGAAUUUCUCCGGAUCAGGAAAAGUAUAAAGAAAUGACCAAGAGUAAAAGACUUCUCCAGACAUACUUGAACAAUAAAGAAUGUUUGUCUUCUGAAGAGUUGGAAGAUGGAUUCAAAAGGUGCGAUGUGAAAGAAGACGUAUGGAAAUUAGGUCUAUGUUUUUUGGUAGACUCUCUUUUAUUACCUAGUGAACCAAAGAAGAAAUGCUUUAUUGAUGUCCUUUCCAUCGUGGAAAAUGAAGAUGACUUCUUCAACUAUCCUUGGGGGAGAUUAUCGUACGAGAAGACAUUAUUCGGCUUGGCAAAAGAUAUGGAAAGGCUAAGGAAUAAAUACUUGAAGAAUGUUGAGCAAAAGAGAAAAAGACCAGCACCUCAGUACACAAUUUAUGGUUAUGCCAUUGCUCUGCAAUAUUGGGCCUAUGAAAUUUUCACAAAGUUCUCUGCAUUUGCUGAUCAACAACCCCUGACCUUUCCAAGAAUGCUUAGCUGGUCAGCGCAUAAAAUGCUGAAAGAGAAAGAUAUUGAAGGUGUAUUUAAGAAAAAAAGUAAUCUUGUGAAGGCCACGCUCAAUCCAAGACCCGAAGAGAAAGAAUUUCAUGACUCUAUUAUUCAAGGACCAGAUGAACUACUCAUGGGACGUGUUAUUAGCUUUGUAGACGAUGAUGUGGAAUUGGAGUUUGAAAGGGAAGAACGUGAGGAAUCUCCCACAAAGCCCGAUGUAGCAGAUGGGCAUCGUCACGAGCAAGACAAGAAAGAGAUACCAACUCCAAUUAACACCCACCAUGAAAAGUUGUUAGCUGAUAUUGACACUUUGAAAAGUAACCAACAAAGAAUGGAGGAGAAGUUGGAUUAUCUAAUUGAAUUAGUGCUCUCGCAACGUAAAGGUAGUGAUUCUGAGGAUUCAUUAUCAGAUGAGCAUCUUGCUUCACCACACCGUACAUUUAUUAUGGAGCACGUUGUUGGAGAAGAUAGUCCUAGCUAUAAGGUGGUAUCUCCUGGAGAUAUGGCUGGGGUGGAAUUCAAGAGAAGGAGGGUUCCAACGAAAAGAAUUUUUGGUUCCGAGUUUACUGAUCCAACUAAGAAGAAAAAGAAAGCAAAGACAAUUGUAACUGAUCCUUGUGAAAUUAAUCCCCUACAGCCAUAUGACGAAAAGCAAAUGAGACGUUUUAAGAAAUGGGUAAUUGGUUUAAAAAAGAAUGAUAAGCCUAUUUCUCUCUUGGCUGGUUCGUGCACUGCAAAAUGGUUUAUUCAGCUACUUACACCACGUACAUGGCUGGAUGGACUGGUAAGACUACUGAAAUAA